AUGAAUAGCAUAUUUAUAGCCAUUGUUGUUUGCAUAGUGGCCUUACUUGCAGCUGUGCUGGCCUUUAGACAGCCGCCAAAGAAAAGAAGGCAAAUUGUUAUAAUUGGAAAGAAGGGCACAGGAAAGACCCGGCUAUUUUUAGCUCUUUCCAAUAAAAACAAGGAGGGCAUUCGGACGAUUCCAUCUGUCGAUCCGUCUAAGGAAUUAUUAGGGCGCGCUGCGGUGCUUGUGGACCUUCCAGGGGCAGACUCCUUUGAGAGUCUCAAAGACACAUGGACUCUUUCCAGCAGAGACCUCAUUAUAUACAUGCUCAACAAAAAAGAAGAUGAAAACCCAAAGGGUGUUGAUGCAUCCAUACCCAUUUACAAAAUAUACACGGGAAAGGAUGAGCCGUGGUCUCAUGCAAUUAAAUGCAUGUGCAUGGAGGGUCUACUAAAAGCAGACCUAGGAUCUUCAGAGAUACAAAGUGUUCUGUCUAAAAUACUAUAA